UAGUCAGUCCUUCGUGGUCAACGUGAGCGACCGGUACCAGCACGGGAGUCCUUAGUGCGAUCAAUUCUGUGUUCACGCCAAAGUUAUCCAUUGCGUAACAUCGUACCGGUCGAUUGCUGAAAAAGUUCCUACAUAGGGAAUACUGAACAAAUAUUGUUCAAAAUCCGUUUAAAAGGAGUCGGAUCAGGUUAAUAAAUGCAAGAGAUCACAGAUUGUCUAAGUGAAAAGUAUUUAGUGUAACGAGAAAAUUUGGAAUUUGAAGAUUCAAUUUCGAAAUGCCGGAAAAACAGUGUGUCAAUAAGUAUGGGGAAUUUCUUUUUCCCCAAAGACCGGAACCAAUCACUUGGAAACAAUUCUUCUACAAUGAAAAAACCGGAAAAGUGAUGGGACGAACUCGCUACAGCUGGGGGGCGCUUUUCGUAUUUUACUCCGUCUAUUUUGUGAUUUUAUUUUCACUAUUCGCAAUAUGUAUGCAAGGUUUAUUCUACACACUGAGUGACCAAUACCCCAAGUACCAGCUAUCCGAUUCACUCAUAGGAAAUAACCCCGGUUUGGGAUUCCGGCCGAUGCCAACCCACGUGAAACAGGGCGCCUUGAUUUACUACACUGCUGCCAACGAAUCCCAGGUGACGCCGUGGGUCGAACGAAUCGAACAGUUCCUACAUCCUUAUCGGGAUCCCUCAAAACUUCCUUUAGAAGGAAAAAAUCAAGUGAACUGCAAUUUUACUAGCCGGCCAGCCCCAGGAAAAGUAUGCAAGGUUGAUCUUUCGCAAAUGGGCCCGUGUAAUCUAGCAGACGGAUACGGCUACAACAAAUCGACACCAUGUAUCUUCGUCAAAAUGAACCGCAUUUACGGAUGGGUUCCAGAGUACUACGACGUCGACAAACUGCCAGAAAAUAUGCCAGCGGAUCUGGUUGAGCAUAUCAAAUCUCUACCGGAAAAGGAACGCAAACAAGUGUGGGUAUCGUGCAACGGAAUAAGUCCAGCAGAUAAAGAAGUCAUCGGUCCAUUGGCAUUCUAUCCGACUCGCGGUUUUCCCGGAUACUACUUCCCCUACCUCAACACACCCGGAUACUUGAGUCCAGUUCUGGCCGUCCAUUUUAUGCGUACUGCGAUCAAGCAAAGUGUCAACCUGGAAUGUCGCAUGUGGGCUAAGAACUUGGUGUACCGCGGAGGACUUAACUUCCGAAUGGCUUCUGUCAGUAUAGUUCUACUGGUUGACUAGUUGGAAAGUUUAUUCAGAAUUGUACAGUAUAUGAUCAAGUAAGCCAGUCAGGAUAAGUCUUAUGACUUAUAUGUUCCAAACGAGACUGACUGAAGCAUAGUAACGCUGUAUGGAUCUUCAAGGGUAUAAAAAUAUUUAUCCAGUGCAACACAAGACAUUUGAGAACCUUCAACUCCAUUCCCAUUCGUCAAGAUUUUUCUUACACACUUGAAAAUGUUUUAAGCUAUGUGAUGCUUAAUAACAAAAAUUCAAGAAUCAUCUACCAAAAAUUUAAUUCAUAAUGCAUGUAGUAGUUCAGGUAAGUGUUGGAGUUUUCCGCUCAUAGUACACAAUCUGAGCUUGAAAUAAAAGCAAUGUAAAAUCA